AGUGAAGACACCAUGGCUGAAGGAGGAGAAGGAGAAGAAGAGAUUCAGUUUGUACGGACGGAGGACCAGGUGGUGCUGCAGUGUACAGCCACUAUACUGAAGGAGCAGAUUAAACUCUGCUUGUCCUGUGAGGGAUUUGGAAAUCGACUCUGUUUCCUCGAGACGACAUCUAACGCUCAGAAUGUGCCUCCUGAUCUGGCGAUCUGUGUCUUCAUCCUGGAGCAGUCGUUAUCUGUGCGAGCUCUACAGGAGAUGCUUUCUCACACCAGCGAGGACGUGGACUUGGAUAAAUGGUCAUCUCAAGGUGGUGGCCAUCGGACGCUGCUGUAUGGACACGCCAUCCUGCUCAGACACACACACUCAGGCAUGUAUCUGAGCUGCUUGACUACAUCACGUUCCCUCACAGACAAGCUGGCCUUUGACGUUGGCCUACAGGAAGAUUCGACAGGUGAAGCAUGUUGGUGGACGAUUCAUCCUGCUUCUAAGCAGAGGUCAGAGGGUGAGAAGGUCAGGGUGGGUGAUGACCUCAUUCUGGUCAGUGUUUCAUCAGAAAGAUACCUGCAUUUGUCUUACGCCAGUGGAGAUCUCAUGGUGGACGCCUCCUUCAUGCAGACACUGUGGAACAUGAACCCAGUGUCGAGUGGAUGUGAGCUGGUUGAGGGGUUUUUAACAGGAGGAUACGUGCUUCGACUCUUCCACGGCCACAUGGAUGAGUGUCUGGCCAUUCCUGCUGCUGACCCUGGAGAAGAGCGCAAAAAUGCCCAUUAUGAGGGCGGAGCAGUGUGCAGUCACGCCAGAUCUCUGUGGAGACUCGAGCCUCUCAGGAUCGGAUGGAGUGGAGGUCAUAUUAAAUGGGGGCAGCCGUUCAGAGUUCGUCACAUCACUACAGGUCGAUAUUUGUGUUUAGAUGAUGAGAAAGGACUGCUGGUGGUGGAUCCAGAGAGAGCAAACACAACGAGUUCAGCAUUCUGCUUUCGAGCCUCAAAGGAGAAGACAGAAGUGGCUCAGAAGCGUGAUGUAGAAGGAAUGGGUGCUCCAGAGAUAAAGUACGGCGAGUCCAUGUGCUUUGUGCAGCAUGUAGCUACAGGUCUGUGGCUCACCUACGCCUCUGUAGAUGCUAAAUCUGCUCGCCUGGGGCCUGUGAAGCGGAAGGCAAUUCUUCAUCAAGAAGGUCACAUGGAUGAUGCUCUGACUGUCGCUCGGUCUCAGACUGAAGAGUCUCAGGCUGCUAGAAUGAUCUACAGCACUGCUGGCCUCUUCACCCAGUUCAUCAAGAGUUUGGACUCUUUGAAUGGGAAGAAUAAAAGUGCUGCUCCUCCUCCUUCAUCUCUCCCGUUGGAUUCUGUUGUUCUUUUGCUCCAGGAUCUGAUCUUCUACUUUAGACCUCCAGAGGAGGAGCUGGAGCAUGAGGAGAAACAGAGCAAACUGAGAUCUCUGAAAAAUCGGCAGAACCUGUUUCAGGAAGAGGGAAUGAUUACUCUGGUGUUGGACUGCAUUGACCGUCUGAAUGUUUACAACAGUGCGGCUCAUUUUUCUGAGUUUGCUGGAGAGGAGGCAGCUGAGUCCUGGAAAGAGAUUGUUAAUUUGCUCUAUGAGCUGCUGGCAUCUCUGAUUAGGGGCAAUAGGGCGAACUGCGCACUCUUCUGUGAUAAUCUGGACUGGCUGGUCAGUAAGCUGGACCGCCUGGAGGCCUCGUCAGGCAUUCUGGAGGUGCUGUAUUGCGUUCUCAUCGAAAGCCCUGAGGUGCUAAACAUCAUACAGGAGAACCAUAUCAAGUCCAUCAUCGCUCUGCUGGACAAACACGGACGCAAUCACAAGGUGUUGGACGUACUCUGCUCACUGUGUGUGUGUAAUGGUGUGGCUGUGAGGUCCAAUCAGAAUCUGAUCACUGAGAAUUUACUUCCACGUCGUGACCUUUUGCUCCAAACGCAAAUCAUUAAUUAUGUCACAAGCAUGAGGCCAAACAUUUUCCUGGGAACCUGUGACGGAUCUACACAGUACAAGAAGUGGUAUUAUGAGCUGAUUGUGGACGAUGUGGAACCGUUUUUGACAGCCCAACCAGGUCACCUGCGGGUGGGUUGGGCACUGACUGAGGGUUACAGCCCAUACCCUGGUGGAGGAGAAGGCUGGGGUGGUAAUGGUGUAGGAGAUGAUCUCUACUCCUAUGGCUUUGAUGGCCUCCAUCUGUGGUCAGGGCGUGUUCCUCGACACGUGGCAUCGCCUAAUCAGCAUAUUCUGGCAGCAGAAGAUGUAGUGAGCUGCUGUCUGGAUCUUAGUGUGCCCAGUAUCUCAUUCCGCAUCAACGGGCAUCCUGUUCAGGGCAUGUUCGAGAACUUCAACCUGGAUGGCCUUUUCUUCCCUGUCGUCAGUUUCUCCACCGGAAUCAAGGUCCGGUUCCUCAUGGGUGGACGUCAUGGGGACUUUAAGUUUGUUCCACCUCCAGGAUACGCUCCAUGCUAUGAGGCUGUGCUGCCCAAAGACAGACUUCGCAUCGAGCCCAUUAAGGAGUAUAAAAACGACCUGAAUACAGAUGUGAGGAAUCUGCUGGGUCCCACACAGUCUCUGUCCCACACCGCCUUCACGCCAAAUCCUGUGGACACUGUCCAGAUUGUUCUUCCCCCACAUCUGGAACGGAUCAGAGAAAAGCUAGCAGAGAACAGCCACGAGCUCUGGGCUGUGACUCGCAUCGAGCAGGGCUGGACUUACGGACCUUUCCGUGAUGAUAAUAAAAAACUGCAUCCGUGUCUGGUGGACUUCCAGAGUCUUCCAGAGCCAGAGAGGAACUACAACCUGGCAAUGUCUGGGGAAACACUGAAAACUCUUCUUGCACUGGGUUGCCAUGUUGGGAUGGGAGAUGAGAAAGCAGAGGAAAAUUUAAAAAGGAUCAAACUGCCCAAAACCUACACUCAGAGCAACAGCUACAAACCUGCUCCUCUGGACCUGAACCAUGUUAAACUGACUCCAAACCAGAACACACUGGUGGAGCGUCUGGCUGAGAACGGUCACAAUGUGUGGGCUCGAGACCGAGUGCGUCAGGGCUGGACUUACAGCAUCGUACAGGACAUUGUAAACAAACGCAACCCCCGACUUGUUCCAUAUAAUCUUCUGGAUGAGAAAACGAAGAAGACGAACAGAGACACUGUGUGUGCUGCAGUUCGAACCUUGAUCGGUUAUGGCUACAACAUCGAGCCUCCGGACCAGGAAAGCAGUGGCCAUGUUGGAAAUGGCACUGGGAAUAAGAUCCGCGUGUUCAGAGCUGAGAAAUCGUACGCUGUGACUCAGGGGAAAUGGUACUUUGAGUUUGAGGCAGUGACGGUGGGGGAGAUGAGGGUCGGCUGGGCCAGACCAAACGUCCACGCUGAUAGCGAGCUCGGCACAGACGACCUGGCUUACGUCUUUAAUGGCUGCAAGGCUCAGCGUUGGCAUGUGGGCAGCGAACCCUUCGGUCGACAGUGGCAGCCGGGAGACGUCGUGGGCUGCAUGAUUGAUCUCGCUGAGCUGAACAUCAUGUUCACGCUUAACGGAGAGAUGCUGAUCAGCGACUCCGGCUCCGAGAUGGCUUUCAAAGACAUUGAGAUUGGCGAAGGUUUUAUUCCUGUGUGUAGUCUGGGCCUCUCUCAGGUGGGUCGGAUUAACCUGGGUCAGAACGUCAGCAGCCUGCGCUAUUUUACAAUCUGUGGCCUGCAGGAAGGCUUCGAGCCCUUCGCCAUUAACAUGAAGAGAGACAUCACUAUGUGGUUCAGCAAGAGCUUACCGCAGUUCAUUCCUGUUCCUCCUGACCACCCUCACAUUGAGGUAUCACGUGUGGAUGGUACAGUGGACAGCGCCCCCUGUCUCAAACUGACUCACAGGACAUUCGGCUCUCAGAACGCCAACACGGACCUUCUGUUCUUCAGACUCAGCAUGCCCAUCGAGUUCCACGAGUUGUUUAAGGUAGAGGCGGGGGCGACGCUGUUGACACGCGCACUCACCAUCCCCGAGGACGAGACCCUGGAGGUCGACCCCAACUCUGAAUACGAGCUGCUGAAGAAGAGCGCAACCCGCAGGGAGCAGGAGGAGAAAGAAAAGGAAACAUCUGUGCCCAAAGAGCUGCCGGGAACCAAGGAGGUGGAGAAUGAGAAAGACACCACUACAGAGAAGAGCAAGAAGAGAGGAUUUUUUGCCAAAGCGAAGAAAGCUGCUUUUAUCGCUCCUCCACCUGUCGUUCCCACUGUCCCUCGUCUGAUGGAGGACGUUGUCCCUGAUGAUCGAGAUGAUGUGGACAUUAUCGCCAGCACCACUACACAUUACUACUCGGUGCGUGUAUUUGCUGGACAGGAGCCUGGGGGAGUGUGGGCAGGUUGGGUUACUCCUGAUUACCACCAGUACGACCUUCAUUUUGAUAUCAGUAAAGUGAGAAACGUCACAGUCACUGUGGGUGAUGAUAAAGGCAACAUACACCACAGCAUCAAGCGCAGUAACUGUUACAUGGUUUGGGGUGGAGAGUUCAGCGGCUCUCAACAAACACGCAUCACCCAGGAGGACUUCGUCAUUGGCUGCCUUGUGGAUCUUGACACGGGUCUCAUGACCUUUACGGCCAAUGGGAAAGAGGUGAACACCUUCUACCAGGUGGAACCCAACACCAAACUCUUCCCUGCUGUUUUCUGUUUGCCCUCCAGCCAGAACAUGCUGCAGGUGGAGCUUGGAAAGCUCAAGAAUAUAAUGCCCAUCUCGGCAGCCAUGUUUAGGAGCGAUCAGAGGAAUCCGGUUCCUCAGUGCCCUCCCCGCCUUGAUGUCCAGAUGCUGACUCCUGUGAUCUGGAGCCGCAUGCCAAACCGCUUCCUGUCCCCUGAGACGGGUCGCGUUAGUGAGAGACUUGGGUGGAUGGUGCAGUGUAGAGAGCCGCUCACCAUGAUGGCGCUACACAUCCCAGAGGAGAACAGGUGUAUUGAUAUCCUGGAGCUUUCAGAGCGUACCGACCUGCUGAAGUUUCACCACCACACGCUGAAGCUCUAUGGCUCUGUGUGUGCUCUGGGAAACAAUCGUGUGGCUCAUGCUCUCUGCAGUCAUGUGGACGAGUCUCAGCUGUUCUACGCUAUAGAGAACUCUUAUCUGCCUGGCCCUAUCCGCAGCGGCUACUACGACCUGCUCAUCUCCAUGCACCUGGAGUCAGCCAAGAGGAACCGCCUCAUGACUAACCGGGAGUUUAUCGUGCCCAUGACAGACGAAACACGCACCAUUACACUGAGAGCUCACACGCUUCCAGCUGUGGGACGCUCCACCUGCCUCAGACCCACACUGCACUUCUCACACACUGGCUUUGUGGGCACCAACCCUGAUCUCUACACACUCAGCCCCUUCAUACCCCUGCAGAUUUUGAAAGACCACGCCCUGAGCAUGGUAACGGAGGCAGUGCAGGACGGAGGCCAGGCCAUGCGUGAUCCUGUAGGGGGCAGUGUGGAGUCCCACUUCGUUCCUAUCCUGAAGCUGAUCAGUACACUGCUCAUCAUGGGCGUGUUUGAGGACGAUGACGUGAAACACAUCCUCAAACUCAUCGAGCCCACCGUGUUCCGAGAGGACAAAGGCGUUUACGUGGAUGAGGACAAGGGCAAGGAAGGAGGAGAGCAGCAGGCUGCGUCUAAAGAGGAUGCAGUGAAGAUGAAGGAAAAGGAGAAAUGGGUGGAUCAGUGGGCUGAAGACAAAGAAAUGGGAGAGGAGGAAGAGGAGGAUGAGGAUGAGGAAGAGGAGGAAGAAGACCAGACAGAGCCAGAAGAUGAAGAAAAACACACUGCGCUUGAGAAAGCAGAGCUUAGAGAUGUGGACCCGAAGUCUGAGUCUGCAGUUACGCCUGCAGUGGGGAGGGAGGAACCUAAAGAGGAGGAGGAAGUGGGGGAGGGGCUUCUACACAUGAAACUACCUGAGUCUGUAAAGUUGCAGAUGUGCACUCUGCUGCAGUAUUUCUGUGACUGUGAGCUGCGUCACCGCGUUGAGGCCAUCGUCGCCUUCUCUGAUAGGUUCGUCAAUCAGGUGCAGUCCAAUCAGAAGCAGCGCUAUUACGAGCUCAUGCAGGCCUUCACUAUGACAGCAGCAGAGACCGCACGCAAGACCAGAGAGUUCCGUUCACCACCGCAAGAACAGGUGAACAUGCUGAUGAAUUUUAAGAAUUGUCCAGAUGAAGAGGACUGCCCUGUUCCUGAGGAUGUCCGUGUUGAACUUCAGAUGUUUCACAAUGACCUGCUGGCUCACUGUGGUAUUCACAUCGAAGAAGAGGAAGAGGAAGAGCAUGUGGACGCGUCUCUGCGUGGACGAUUCUUCAGGUUACUCGAGAAAGUGAAAAGACUGCGAAGGAGAAAGCAAGAGACAGAGACUGAGCCGGAGGAGGAGAAGAAACCCAGCACUUUGCAGGAGUUGAUCUCCCACACAAUGAUCCACUGGGCUCAGGAGUCGUUCAUCCAGGAUCCCGAGCUGGUGCGGCUGAUGUUCAGCUUGCUGCACCGGCAGUAUGAUGCUCUGGGAGAGCUGAUCCGUGCUCUACCCAAAGCCUACACCAUCAACUCCGUGUCCAUGCAGGACACCAUGGAGCUGCUCGAGUGUCUCAGCCAAAUCCGCUCGCUUCUCAUCGUCCAGAUGGGUCCUGAGGAGGAGAGGCUCAUGAUCCAGAGCAUCGGAAAUAUAAUGAGUAACAGAGUGUUCUACCAGCAUCCCAAUCUGAUGAGAGCACUGGGCAUGCACGAGACGGUCAUGGAGGUCAUGGUCAACGUACUGGGCGGCGGAGACUCGAAGGAGAUCCGUUUCCCGCGCAUGGUGACCAACUGCUGCCGCUUCCUGUGUUAUUUCUGCCGAAUCAGUCGUCAGAAUCAGCGUUCCAUGUUCGACCAUCUGAGUUACCUGCUGCAAAACAGCAGCAUUGGCCUGGGGAUGCGAGGUUCUACACCUCUUGACGUAGCUGCAGCUUCCUGUAUUGAUAACAACGAGCUGGCUCUGGCUCUUCAAGAGCAGGACCUGGAGAAGGUGGUGAAGUAUUUGGCUGGGUGUGGCUUGCAGAGUUGCCCCAUGCUCUUGUCGAAAGGUUACCCUGAUAUCGGCUGGAAUCCAGGCGGUGGAGAAAAAUACCUCGACUUUCUCCGAUUCGCCGUCUUUGUUAAUGGAGAAAGCGUGGAGGAGAACGCCAAUGUGGUGGUGCGUCUCCUGAUCAGACGUCCCGAGUGUUUCGGCCCUGCGCUCAGAGGAGAGGGAGGGAAUGGACUUUUGGCCGCAAUUGAAGAAGCCAUUAAGAUCUCUGAAGAUCCGGCCAGAGAUGGACCCACUGUUAAAAAGGACAGACGCUUCCCCAUGUUUGGAGGUGAAGAGCAGCACGAGGAAAACAGAGUUCAUCUGGGCAACGCCAUCAUGUCCUUCUACGCCGCGCUCAUCGACCUGCUGGGACGCUGCGCUCCUGAAAUGCAUCUGAUCCAGGCAGGGAAAGGAGAAGCUCUGAGGAUCAGGGCUAUUCUCAGAUCUCUGGUUCCCAUUGAGGAUCUUGUAGGUGUUAUUAGUCUUUCACACCAGAUCCCUGCGUUUGGAAAAGAUAAUAGUAUUAUAGAGCCGAAGAUGUCUGCCAGUUUUGUCCCGGAUCAUAAAGCCCCCAUGGUGCUGUUCCUGGACAGAGUGUAUGGUAUUGAUAAUCAGGAGUUCCUGCUGCACGUACUGGAGGUCGGAUUCCUGCCUGAUAUGCGAGCAGCAGCUUCUCUCGACACGGCUGCAUUCAGUACCACGGAGAUGGCUCUGGCUCUGAACCGCUAUCUCUGCUCCGCCGUCCUCCCCCUCAUCACUAAAUGUGCUCCUCUAAUCGCCGGCACCGAUCACCGUGCCAUCAUGAUCGACUCCAUGCUGCACACCAUCUACAGGCUCUCCCGAGGACGCUCGCUCACGAAGGCUCAGAGAGACGUCAUCGAGGAGUGCCUGAUGUCUCUGUGCAAGUAUCUGAGGCCAUCGAUGCUUCAGCACCUGCUCAGAAGACUUGUGUUUGAUGUACCAAUUCUCAAUGCAUAUGCCAAAAUGCCCCUGAAGUUGCUGACUAAUCAUUACGAACGCUGCUGGAAGUAUUACUGUCUGCCCAACGGCUGGGCCAACUUCGGCGUGUCUUCAGAGGAGGAGCUUCACCUCACACGCAAACUCUUCUGGGGGAUUUUUGAAUCUCUGGCACACAAGAAAUUUGAUGCAGAAUUGUUUAAAAUCGCGAUGCCCUGCAUCUGUGCCAUAGCCGGUGCCAUUCCUCCUGACUAUGUGGACGCCAGUUACUCUUCCAAAACUGAAAAAAAGGCUUCUGUGGAUGCUGAAGGCAACUUUGAUCCCAAACCGGUGGACACAACCAACACGAUCAUUCCUGAGAAGCUGGACGGAUUUAUAAACAGAUACGCCGAGUACACUCAUGAUAAAUGGGCUUUCGAGAGGAUCCAAAAUAACUGGACAUUUGGUGAAGUUCUGGAUGAAAAUGCCAAGACUCAUCCGAUGCUCAGACCGUAUAAAACCUUUUCUGAGAAGGAUAAAGAAAUUUACCGCUGGCCCAUUAAAGAGUCUAUAAAGGCCAUGAUAGCCUGGGAGUGGACGCUCGACAAGGCCAGAGACGGGGACGAAGACAGAGGAGAGAAGAAGGCGGCACGCAAAAUAUCUCAGACUGCACAGGCGACAUACGACCCAAGUCACGGCUACAACCCUCAGCCUAUAAAUAUAUCAUGCAUGACUCUGUCCAGAGAGCUACAGUCCAUGGCAGAGCAGCUGGCUGAGAACUACCACAACACCUGGGGGCGCAAGAAGAAGAUGGAGCUGCAGGCAAAGGGUGGUGGGACUCAUCCUCUGCUCGUUCCCUACGACACGCUGACGGCCAAAGAGAAAGCGCGAGACCGAGAGAAGGCUCACGAGCUGCUCAGGUUCCUCCAGCUGAACGGAUAUGCAGUGACCAGAGGCUUGAAGGACAUGGAGAGCGACAUUUCCUCCAUUGAGAAGCGCUUUGCUUACGGCUUCUUGCAGAAACUGCUGAAGUGGAUGGACAUUGCGCAGGAGUUCAUCGCUCAUCUUGAGGCGGUGGUCAGCAGUGGUCGUGUGGAGAAAUCACCUCAUGAGCAGGAGAUCAAGUUCUUUGCUAAGAUCCUCCUGCUGCUGAUUAAUCAGUAUUUUAAAAACCACUGCCUCUAUUUCCUCUCCACUCCUGCUAAGAUCCUGGGCAGCGGCGGUCACGCGUCUAAUAAAGAGAAGGAGAUGAUCGCCAGUAUAUUCUGUAAGAUGUCUGCACUGGUGAGACACCGAGUUUUUCUCUUAGGUACGGAUGCUCCUGCGAUUGUGAACUGUCUCCACAUACUCGCACGCUCGCUCGAUGCAAGAACGGUGAUGAAAUCAGGGCCUGAAAUCGUGAAAGCCGGUUUGAGAUCUUUCUUUGAGAGUGCAGCUGAUGACAUUGAAAAGAUGGUGGAGAAUCUCAAACUGGGCAAAGUGUCGAAGGGCAAUCAGCCGGUGAAAGGUGUGUCUCAGAAUAUUAACUACACUACGGUGGCCCUGCUGCCGGUCCUCACCUCACUGUUCGAUCACAUCGCACAGCACCAGUUUGGAGACGACGUCAUACUGGACGACCUUCAGAUGUCCUGCUACAGAAUCAUGUGCAGCAUUUACUCUCUCGGCACAGUCAAAACCCCUCACGCUGAAAGACACAGGCCUGCUCUGGGAGAGUGUUUAGCUCAUUUAGCUGCGGCGAUAUCACCGCACAGAUCACCUCACAGAGCACCGCACAGAGCACCGCACAGAUCACCUCACAGAGCACCUCACACAGAUUACCUCACACAGAGCACCUCACAGAUCACCUCACAGAGCACCUCACAGAGCACCUCACACAGAGCACGCACACAGAUCACCGCACAGAUCACCUCACACAGAUCGCCUCACACAGAGCACCUCACAGAUCACCUCACAGAGCACCGCACAGAGCACCUCACAGAGCACCGCACAGAGCACCGCACACCUUCAAGAUAUCAUUUACCGGUGAAAGGUGUGUCUCAGAAUAUUAACUACACUACGGUGGCCCUGCUGCGGUCCUCACCUCACUUGUUCUCUCAGCCCAUCGUGAGCAGAGCCAAACCCGAGAUGCUCAAAUCUCACUUCAUCCCAACGAUGGAGAAGCUGAAGAAGCGCACGGCGAAGGUGGUGGCGGAGGAGGAGCACCUGCGCAUGGAGGGUAAAACGGAGUGUGAUGAGCACGAGGGAACGAUACGGGACGAGUUCGCCGUCCUCUGUAGAGAUUUAUACGCUCUUUACCCUCUACUCAUCCGCUACAUCGACAACAACAGGGCGAGGUGGUUGACCUGCCCUGACCCCGAUGCUGAGGAAUUGUUCCGUAUGGUGGGAGAGGUCUUCAUCUUCUGGUCCAAAUCCCAUAACUUUAAGCGUGAGGAGCAGAACUUUGUUGUAAUGAAUGAGAUAAACAACAUGUCCUUCCUCACCGCUGACAGCAAGAGUAAGAUGAGUAAGGCCGGAAACGCUGAGGCUGGUGGCUCUGAUGUAGAACGUACGAAGAAGAAGAGACGGGGGGAUCGUUACUCUGUGCAGACGUCUCUGAUCGUAGCUGCUCUGAAGAAGCUGCUCCCCAUCGGACUCAACAUGUGCUCUCCAGCCGAUCACGAGCUCAUUAACCUCGCCAAGUUCCGCUACUCUCUGAAAGACACAGAUGAAGAGGUGAGAGAGUUCCUACAGAAUAACCUUCAUCUUCAGGGAAAGGUGGAGAACCCCUCCAUGCGUUGGCAGAUGGCUCUGUAUAAGAUGAUGGCUGGAAAAGCAGAAGAUGCUGAUGCUCCAGUGAAAGUGGUGAAAAGAGUCCAGGAGGUUUCAGCGGUGCUCUACCACAUCGAGCUGACUGAACAUCCGUUCAAAUCCAAAAAGAUGGUUUGGCACAAGCUGCUGUCCAAACAGAGACGGCGUGCAGUGGUGGCCUGCUUCAGGAUGACUCCACUGUACAACCUGCCCAGCCAUCGAGCCUCCAACAUGUUCCUGGAUGGAUAUAAACGGAACUGGCUCCACACUGAAGGCCUCUCCUUUGAGGACAGGAUGAUCGACGACUUAUCAAAGGCUAUGGAGGAAGAGGAGGAGGAAGAAGAGGAGAAGGAGACGAAGCCUGAUCCUCUUCAUCAGCUCAUCCUUCACUUCAGCCGCACAGCUCUCACAGAGAAGAGCAAACUCGAUAUGGAUUAUUUGUAUAUGGCAUAUGCUGACAUCAUGGCAAAGAGCUGCCACAUUGGUGAGGAGGAUGAAGGUGGGGAGGAAAGUGAGGAUGAAGAUCAGGAGGAAAUGCCGUUUGAGGAGAAAGAGAUGGAGAAACAGAGGCUCCUGUAUCAGCAGUCUCGUCUCCAUAACCGUGGAGCUGCAGAGAUGGUGCUGCAGAUGAUCAGCGCAUGCAAAGGUGAGACGGGCUGCAUGGUGUCAUCCACUUUAAAGCUCGGUAUCUCCAUCCUGAACGGGGGAAACAGUGACGUCCAGCAGAAAAUGUUGGAUUAUCUAAAGGACAAAAAGGACGUUGGCUUUUUCCUCAGUUUGCAGACUCUGAUGCAGACCUGCUGCGUGUUGGACUUGAACGCCUUCGAGAGACAGAAUAAGGCUGAAGGUUUGGGGAUGGUGUCAGAGGAGGGAACAAACAUGAAGCUAGAACGGGGUGAGAAAGUGAUGGCUGAUGAUGAGUUCACCUGCGACCUGUUCCGCUUCCUGCAGCUGCUUUGUGAAGGACACAAUAAUGAUUUCCAAAAUUACCUCAGAACACAGACAGGUAGCACUACAACCAUCAACAUCAUCAUCUGCACUGUGGAUUACCUGCUCCGCCUGCAGGAGUCUAUCAGUGAUUUCUACUGGUAUUAUUCGGGUAAAGAGAUCAUAGACGAGCCGGGGAAAAGGAACUUCUCUAAAGCCAUGAAUGUGGCCAAGCAGGUGUUCAAUACUCUCACUGAGUACAUCCAGGGACCGUGUACUGGGAAUCAGCAGUCUUUGGCCCACAGCAGGCUUUGGGAUGCUGUUGUUGGUUUCCUUCACGUGUUUGCUCACAUGAUGAUGAAGCUGGCUCAGGACUCGAGUCAGAUCGGUCUGCUGAAAGAGCUGCUGGACCUGCAGAAGGACAUGGUGGUCAUGCUGCUGUCUCUCCUUGAGGGUAACAUAGUAAACGGCACGAUUGCUCGUCAGAUGGUGGACAUGCUGGUCGAAUCUUCCAGUAAUGUUGAGAUGAUCCUCAAAUUCUUUGACAUGUUCCUCAAACUGAAAGACAUUGUCGCUUCCGGCGCUUUCCGUGAUUACGUAACGGACCCCAGAGGAUUGAUCUCCAAAAAGGACUUCCAGAAAGCCAUGGACAGUCAGAAGCAGUACACACCCUCAGAGAUCCAGUUUCUCCUGUCCUGCUCUGAAGCCGACGAGAACGAGAUGAUCAAUUACGAGGAAUACGCAAACCGCUUUCAGGAGCCAGCGAAGGACAUCGGGUUCAACAUCGCCGUGCUGUUGACGAACCUUUCUGAACACGUCCCACAUGACAUCAGGCUUCAGAACUUCCUGGGACAAGCUGAGAACGUCCUGAACUACUUCAGACCGUUUUUGGGACGAAUCGAGAUCAUGGGUGCGAGCAGGAAGAUUGAGAGGAUCUAUUUCGAGAUCAGUGAAGUGAACCGAAAGCAGUGGGAGAUGCCUCAGGUCCGAGAGUCCAAACGACAGUUUAUUUUCGACGUCGUCAACGAAGGUGGAGAAUCGGAGAAGAUGGAGCUUUUUGUGAACUUCUGCGAGGACACUAUUUUUGAGAUGAACAUCGCCUCACAGAUCUCAGAGAAGGAUGAAGAAGAAAGAGAAGAGGAUUAUGAUGAAGUAGACGAGGGAAGUGAGGCAGGGGGAGGAGGCGAUGAUGAAGAUGGUGAUAAAAACAGCCAAACAGAGUCGAGCUCUGCUUUUGCCGACUUCCUCAACAGCAUGGUCCACUUCAUGGGCAUGUUCACUUUCCGUAACCUGCGCAAACAAUACAGACGUCUCCGAAAGAUGACUAUCAAAGAGAUCAUCGUCGGCAUCGCUACCUUCCUCUGGACCAUUCUUCUGGGCGUGUUCUGCUUCAUUUUCAGCGUGUGUAAAGGAUUCUUCCUGAUCGUUUGGCUCACUCUUUUUGGAGGCAGUUUGGUGGAAGGAGCCAAAAACACGACUGUGACCGAGCUCCUCGCUAGCAUGCCUGACCCCACGCAGGACGAAGUGCACGGAGAUCUUCCUGGAGAAGCCGGAAGCGGUGAAGUACAGGAUGUGGGAGGAGUAACAGAUUCUGCUGAGGCAGCACAAGGAGAAGAAGAAGAUGAAGACAGCACAGAGCAGGAUGUGGGGAAGAUCCCAGGUAUUGACACACCUGGUGGUCUGGGAGACAUGGGAGAUACAACACCUAUUGAACCACCAACUCCAGAAGGUUCUCCUUUAGCCAAGAGGAAGAUGCAGCCGGAGGAGGGAGGAACCGAGCAGGCAGCAGCUCCUGAAGAACCUCCUCCAGAGAAAGAGAAAGCAGACACUGAAAAGGUAGAGAAGACGGAAAAGGAAGUCGAGCAGAAGAACGAGAACCCUCAGGAAAAAAUAAACAUCCAGAAACCCAGCAAGGCCAAGAAAAAGCAACAGCCCAAAAGAGAUGGAGGAUUUGAGCUGUGGAAUGAGCUGGACGUCCAGACGAAUAAAUUCAUGAAUUAUCUGUCUCGCAACUUCUACAACCUCCGGUUCCUGGCUCUGUUCAUCGCCUUUGCAUUGAACUUCAUCCUGCUCUUCUACAGGGUGUCAGACACGCCUCCAGGAGAUGAGGAGAGUGACAGUUUGGGUGUCUUUGAGGGUUCUGGGCUUUUUGAAGGUUCAGGUGGACCGAUGGAUGGUUCUGGAGCAGAGAACACUGGGGGUGAUGAUGAUAAUGAUGAUGAAGAGGAAGGCCCUGUGUAUUACUUCUUGGAGGAGAGUACGGGAUACAUGCAGCCCACGCUGGCUUUUCUCGCCAUCAUUCACACCAUCAUCUCCUUCAUCUGCAUCAUCGGAUACAACUGUCUCAAGAUCCCACUGGUGAUAUUUAAGAGAGAGAAGGAGUUGGCAAGGAAGCUGGAGUUUGAUGGUCUGUACAUUACUGACCAGCCUGAAGAUGAUGAUAUUAGAGGACAGUGGGACAGACUGGUGCUCAACACUCCCUCAUAUCCUAAUUACUACUGGGACAAGUUUGUCAAACGCAAGGUGCUGGAUAAAUACGGUGAUAUUUACGGGCGAGAGCGGAUCGCAGAGCUGCUGGGGAUGGACCUCGCCUCGCUGGAUGUCAGCAAACAAACUGAUAAAAAGCCAGAAGAAGCAGAUAACUCCAUGUUGGCCUGGAUUGCUGCAACUGAUAUUAAAUAUCAGAUCUGGAAGUUUGGAGUCGUUUUCACAGACAAUACGUUCCUCUACCUGGUGUGGUACACGGUGAUGUCACUGCUCGGACACUACAACAACUUCUUCUUCGCCUGUCACCUGCUGGACAUCGCCAUGGGUGUGAAGACCCUGCGCACCAUCCUGUCCUCCGUCACACACAACGGCAAACAGCUGAUGAUGACAGUGGGUUUGUUAGCAGUAGUUGUGUAUCUCUACACUGUGGUUGCCUUUAAUUUCUUCCGCAAAUUCUACAACAAGAGCGAGGACGAGGACGAGCCUGACAUGAAGUGUGAUGACAUGAUGACCUGUUAUCUGUUCCACAUGUAUGUUGGAGUGAGAGCAGGUGGAGGAAUCGGUGAUGAGAUUGAGGAUCCUGCAGGUGACGAGUAUGAGCUCUACCGCGUUGUUUUCGACAUCACCUUUUUCUUCUUCGUCAUCGUCAUUCUGCUGGCCAUCAUUCAGGGUUUGAUCAUUGAUGCUUUUGGCGAGCUGAGAGACCAGCAGGAGCAGGUCAAAGAAGACAUGGAGACUAAAUGUUUUAUCUGUGGGAUUGGGAGCGAUUACUUUGAUACGACUCCACAUGGCUUUGAGACUCACACCUUGGAGGAACACAACCUGGCCAACUACCUGUUCUUCCUCAUGUACCUGAUCAAUAAGGAGGAGACGGAGCACACUGGCCAGGAGUCGUACGUGUGGAAGAUGUAUCAGGAGCGCUGUUGGGAUUUCUUUCCUGCUGGUGAUUGUUUUAGAAAACAGUACGAGGAUCAGCUGGGAUAGAAAGCACACACGCGCACACACGCGCACACACACAAUGACAGAGAAGAGUUUUAAUGAAUUUAGAUUGAAUUGUUUAUAAUUACUAGAGUUUUCAGGUGUGUUUCAGGUCAUUAGUAUGUGUAUAUUUUCUAUACUUUAUAUUAUUUUAUAUUUAAUCUGUUAUUAUAGAGAUAUUAUAUUAUUAUUAUAUUCUG